UUAUAUCAGGAUAUGUUGGCAUGAAUUAAAGCGGGAUUUAAAUAUAGAGUGAAAAUGAAAGUUGAAACAGUCUAAAUAACGACUAACGUUAGCAUAAGCUACAGGAAGUAAGCUAACACAUUAUUGCUAUAUCACAGAUUGAUUUGUCAGCCUGCAUGAUCAGCUGACUGCUGUGUCAGAUAACUCUUAAUACAUACAUGAAGCUAACUCUGAACUGAAUAUCUGCACUGAGGAACUUACAAGCCGAAGCAGGACACCCUUUCUUGCUAUUCCUGUGUCCAGAUUUAAUACUAUGCCACUGGCGCCCCCCUUCAAGAAACAAGAUGGAGCCUCGUCACGGGAUUAUGAAAGCCUUUCCCAAAGUCAAAAGAGCCAGAGUGUUACAGGGAAAGGAUGCACCCCCAGUAAAGAAGAAACCUGAAGAAUGUGAUGUCACAGGAAAUACUUUUAAUGGUGUCACAGUGUACAUACUGUCUGCUGGAAUAGGAAACGCCAGAUGCCAGAUCUUUCAGAGACAAAUUCAGCAGAAUGGAGGACAGACGGAGAGCUCACUGUGUCCCGGUGUCACUCAUGUUGUUGUGGAUGACAACAUGGACAGGAACAGGGCUCUGCGCUUGCUGAAAGUGGAUUGUAUGCCCUCUGGAGUCCAACUGGUGAAAUGCAUUUGGCUGAGCUCGUGCAUCAGUGAGAAACAACUGCUGGAUGUGGACAGCUACAGCCUUCUUUUACCCAAGAGGGAAUCUGAAACACGACAUGAAAACAUUAAAGAAGAGCCGCUGAAUGUCGAGCCCACUUCUGAAACUACUGUUGAGCCAUUGUCUGAUCAAGCCAAGCAAGAGGAGACCAUAGACAUGACAGUCCCAGACACUAAAGAGGAAGUGCGAGCAGACGAAGAUGGGGUCUCACAGAAUGACCUGGAAGCUCUCCUCACUGGCCAACACCCCAAAGAGGAGACUCCUGGCCCCAGCCCCGACCCUGGUCAAGACUCUGCUGCUCGGAAGGGGAUCUUAGGGAAGUGGGUCUGUGCCCAGUCCUCUCAGUCCAAAAGUAAUAACUUUAACAAACACAUCACCGACAAACUAGAGAUGCUGGCCAAGGCCUACACACACCAGGGGGACAGGUGGAGGGUGCUGGGCUACUCCAAGGCUGUCAACGCACUGAAGAGUUACCACAAGCCUAUUACAUCAUAUCAGGAGGCGUGUCAGAUCCCAGGAAUUGGAAAAAAAAUGGCCGACAAAAUUGAUGAGAUCAUGGAGAGCGGUCACCUGCGGAAGCUAGACAACCUCGGGGAGGCCGUGCCAGUAUUGGAGCUUUUUACUAACAUCUGGGGUGCAGGAGCUAAAACUGCACAGCUGUGGUACCAACAGGGAUUUCGCACGUUGGAGGACAUCCGCACAAAAGCCCACCUAAGCAACACUCAGAAAAUAGGACUCAAGCACUACGAUGACCUUCUGGACCGAAUGCCCAGAGAAGAAGCAGCAGCCAUAGAGAAAGUGAUAAAAGAUGCUGUCCAGGCCAUAGACCCAGGCCUUGUGGCGAUGGCAUGCGGCUCCUACCGUCGGGGAAAGGCCACGUGUGGAGAUGUUGAUGUACUUAUAUCUCAUCCUGAUGGCAAGUCCCACAGGGGGGUUUUCAGCAAAGUGCUACAGAGCCUCCGUGACAGUGGGUUUUUGACGGACGACCUGGUGAGCCACGAGGAGAACGGCGAGCAGAAGAAAUACUUGGGCGUGUGCCGUUUGCCAGGACCCGGCCACCGCCAUCGCAGGCUGGACAUCAUCGUAGUGCCCUACAAAGAGUACGCCUGCAGUCUCAUGUAUUUCACCGGGUCGGCACACUUCAACCGCUCAAUGAGAGCCAUGGCGAAGACAAAACGAAUGAGCUUAUCAGAGCACUCGCUGAACAAAGAUGUGGUGCGUCAGGGUAGCGUGAAGAUGCAUGGCGGUACUCCAUUCGCAACACCGACAGAAAAGGAUGUUUUUAGUCUUUUAGGCAUACCGUACAGACAGCCUCAUGAAAGGGACUGGUGAGGAUUUGCCAAUUACAAUGUCUUGAUGAUGAAUGAUGACAACUGCAAUUAUGCUCAAACAACCAGUUUUAAUAAUGUUUUACUGCUCCAUAGAUCAUGCAAUCGCCUGCUUUUACUUGAAUGCUAAUUUUAUUCUACAGAUUAGAGGGUCGGGUUCACUCAGAUCUCCAAAACAACAUAUUUGUCUUACUUAACCCUAGUUUUAUCUGUCCUUCCAUAUUGCUCAAGUGGUAUGUGCCCAGGUUUUGAGAUGUCCACCUUUGAAACUCCUGCUGUCACCCCAAUACAAUACAAUACAAUGAAUGGGAUUUUUGUGUAGGGUCCAGAGCCUUUAGUAAAGCAUCCAUUAUACAAUGUUGACAGAAAAAGUUUCAAAGGCAAAUAUCUCAACCAUGUGCCCCUCGGGUUAAGUGGAAAAAUAUGUGAUAUUGCUUUUUAAAGACAUUUUUAGGGCUGUCCCGAAUACCAUUUUGUGAGCUUUGAAUGAAAGUUCGGUGAAAAAUAUUCGAAGGUAUUCGAAGCUUCGCUUUGCAGCGCGGCGCAACAGGCUGACAUGUUCUUCUGUCUGUCUGUCUCCAUCUCCCCCGUUUCAGUGCCUUGGACAGCGCCUCUGCUGCA